GUUGAUCCGUGUUCUCUAGAGUGUUGAGUCGUAGAAAGAAAAGAAGUGACGAAAAAAAAUUAAAAUUCUUUUAAUAAAUAAACAAAAAAAUAACGAAGCGAUAAUGUGGUUUGAGUUUGUAUUCGUUUUCACAUUAACUUUUAAUGUUAUUUCUUAUCCUUAUGCUCCAGAUGGAAAUUAUCAAGUUGUUUUAUCACGAACACGAGGCAAUACUUUAGUUGAAAAUGGUUUAGUUUAUGCCACGCCAAAAACCAAAUCUGGCAUUAGUUAUCAGAUUGAUGACGAUCAUAUUCCCAACUAUACGCAGCAGCCACCACACGCCGGAGAUUAUCUGCAUAGUAGAAGAAAUCAAAUUUUAAGAAGACCUCAAACUGUGGACAGUAACGGAAUGGUUUACCCGUCUACCGGACAUGGAGUGACAAUCUUUAGACCAGGAGGUUUUCAUUAUAGCAGUCAUUCUCAAGCAGCAAUAUUUAAUCAAGGAAAUCCAGGAUGGAAACCAAAUGCUGGUCAUGCUGUUUAUACCGUCCAUUCAACUCCACCACCAUUCGGUGUCUAUCAAAAUGCCGGCUAUAGACCAACAAUUAAAAAUGAUUCAUCCUAUCGACCGAAAUCAACAACAACAUCAACAACAAAGACAUUUAGUCAUCAUUCGUCAGAAAAACCACAACAACAUCAAUAUCAAUAUCAAUCACAAUCGCAACAUAAUCAACAACAAGAGCAACAUCAUUAUCAAUCGCAACAUAAUAAACAACAAGAACAACAUCAAUAUCAAUCACAAUCACAGCCUAAUAAUCAACAAGAACAACAUCAAUAUCAAGAACCAGAAUUAAAGCCAAUUUUCACUUCAGUUCAAAAGGUUGAAGAAGGCGAACAAUUGAUAGAAGAUUCUGUCGUGUCUUUUCCACCUGACUUAAGUGGCAUUAAAGCAGAUGAUGAACUUCCACCUAGUUCAACUGGCUUACCAGUGCUUUAUCAUACAUUAGAUGAGAAUCCAAUUUUAAAUCCAGUUGAAAAGAUCGCAAUAUCGAUUGAACUUCCAACGUUUAAUUAUAACAGCACAGAUGAUGACACAACUCGUGCGCCACUCAAGAGACCAACAUUGACAACAUCGUCAACAACCACUUCAACCACAACUUCAACAGAACUUCCAGAAACUGAAGAAACUGAAGAAGAUAUUAAGCCAAGAUAAAUAUUCUUGGAAUUUUAAUUCUUAAGACUUAAUUCAAUGAGGUUUUUCCACAUACAUCAUACAGGUGCUGAUGGGACAAACCCAAAGAUUUCGUGCAUUUAUUUUGACAUAUUUUACGUUGUGUUAUCAUUUUAUGUAAAUCAAGAAGAAAAUGUCCAAAGAAAUCUUUAAAAUGAAUGGAACAAAUUACAAAACAAUGAUUGAAUAC